AUGUUGGGCCAGAAGAGGCCCUAUGACCCUGGAGGUUACGAAGCCUAUGGAGCUUGUGGUGGCUGCGGUGGGUGGCACGAUGCUCCGUCGCCAUCCACUGGCAGUGCCGAGAGCAAGAAGCCCAGGUCAGAGCCUGCAGCUAUGACUCCUGACGAGGCCGAGUUCUUCCGCCUGACGGGCAUCAAGCCAGAGCGCUGGAAGGAGCAAGUGGAGGAGGUUCAAGCCAGCCAUGGUCAACCCCCAGGCGCAAGAGCCGAGGUGCCGACAUUUCCCGCCCAGGUGACGCCUGAGAGUAUGCCGAGCAUGUCUGUAGCCGCUGAGUCGCCUUCGCCUGUUCCCUCACUCCCAACGAUGCCGCAGGCUGCCAUGGGCAUGCCUCCCGGCGGACUUUCGGCUUCUCAGUGGAGACCCGAUGCAGUCGGGGAGGAGUCCUUCGCGCCGGCGAGUAGCCAGUCCGUGUUUGGUGUGCCUCCAGUUGCUGCCGUCAACGAACUCGGAAUGGCGCAACAGAUGCUUCUAGGUCAGAUGAUGCAACAGCAGAUGAUGAUGCAAAUGAUGUCACAGUCAGCUGGUUUCGGCCAACCUCAAGACGAGGUAAAGGAGGAGGACCCACUCAACCCUGACAAUGAUCCCAAUAGGUUCUCUGGACGGAUCAAAGGCUUCUAUGAAAUUGCUUCUGGUGGUGGCUAUGGUUUCAUCGAUUGUGAAGCAGCCAGGAUUAAGUACGGGCGCGAUGUGUACCUGCACUCGAGGCAAAUGGGUGAUGCGAAAGUUGGUGAGCUGAUUAGCUUCACCAUCGUCCGGAAUGCCAAAGGCGAGCCACAGGCCAGGAACGUCAUGCGGGCAGAGGAGGCCAUGGCCCUCAAAGCGAAGAUUCAAGCACGAGAGAGACGAGAGCAGGAGCAAAAGAAGCAAAAGCACCAAGCGCUUGAAAAGGUCACAGUAGCGGAGAAGAGGACUGGUGUCAUGACGGAGGAAGAGGCAAAGCGAUUCCAGGCCUCGCUGCGGAAGAACAGACAGUAG